AUGGCGGAGGUGACCUUCUGUGAAGAAUGCAACAACAUCUUAUAUGCACGCAGUGAUCGGAAGAAUAAGAAGCUGCUCUACGUAUGCCGCAGUUGCGACUACAUCUCACACAAGCCGAACGAGCAGCAGAACAUCGUGGCGAGGAUUAACUACAACUACAACAGGAAAGAGGACGUGUAUAUCCAUCCCGAAACGAAGAACGACCCCGCGCUGGGACGUGUGCGCGAAUGGAUCUGCAAAAACUGCGGGAACAACGAGGCCGUCUUUUUGCAGCUCCCAGAAAGAAUCAGUUCCAACCCCAUGGCACUCAUCUACGUGUGCACAGGAAAGAACUGCCACUACUGGGAGAAGGAGAUACAAUUCACCAAUGAUGAGGAAGACCCGUUACAUAGAAGUAGGCGAUCUUCCGAAGCCUCCCACGUGGAUCAUCUGAACCCGUCUGUAAAACAGGAGGGGGGCAACGCGCAAGGUAUUAUUCCCGUCCAGGGACAAAAACGGAGUCGAAAAAAGAUUAUGAGAGGAAGACAGCAUCACGACGAUAGUGAUGAGCCAGAUGGAGAAGAACACGACGGGGAAGAACACGAAGGGGAAGAACACGAAGGGGAAGAACACAACGGGGAUGGACCCCAGGGAAACAGCCUCGAUGACCGCGACGAGAAGGAGGAAGACAAACUGAAGAAGGAGCUGCAGGAGUUAAUAGACGCCAAGGACGAGGGGCAGCUGCAACCAGGAGAUCAGCACAGCGAACCGGGCGACUCUGCCGACGAAAAUGAAAGCGACGUGGAGGAUUACUUCUGA